UGUAGCAGGUCGGUAGGCGGGAAAUGGCGACUGGCUGCUGAGCGGCUGCGGAGCGCGGAGCCCUGGCGGCGGUGUAAACACAGCGGCGCCCGCCCGGCCCGGCUCGGCCUGGCCCGGCCGCCGGGGACCCGAACACCAGGGGCCCGCCUCCCCAGAACCCUGCGCCCGCAGCUUUACAUGUGGCACAGAUGAAGAUGAGGCUGAGAACGCGGAAAGCUUCUCAGCAGUCAAAUCAAAUCCACACACCGCGAGCUCUGAGGGCCAAGAGGAAACACUUGGAGGUGGAAGAGACCUUGCCUGUUGGUGGGGGGAAGCCACAGAAAAAUGAGACUGGCUUGUUGUCCUCGAUCAAAAAGUUCAUCAAGGGAAGCACACCUAAGGAAGAAAGAGAAAAUCCCGCCAAAAGAAGUCGGAUCGAUCGGGACAUUGAUAACCUGAUUACAUCAACCCCUCAGACAGGAGAGAAGCCUCGAGUACGGCGGAAAAGUCAAAUGAAUGGAGAAGCUGGAAGCUAUGAAAUGACAAACCAACAUGUGAAGCAGAAUGGGAAGCUGGAAGAUAAUCCUCCCCCUGGCAGUCCCCCCCGAACCACCUUACUGGGAACCAUUUUUUCUCCUGUCUUCAAUUUUUUUUCACCAGCAAACAAAAAUGGAACAUCAGGAUCAGACUCUCCAGGACAGGCUGUUGAAGCUGAAGAAAUAGUCAAACAGCUUGAUAUGGAACAGGUAGAUGAGAUUACCACAAGUACUGCAACGUCAACCAAUGGAGCAGCUUACACAAGCCAAGCAGUGCAGGUCAGGUCUGCUGUCAACAAUGGCUUAGAAGAAGUGGAGGAAGCAAGCGACCGUGACCUGCCCCCGCUCACAGCACCAGUGUCCCCAGACAGUGGCUACUCAUCAGCCCAUGCAGAAGCCACCUAUGAGGAAGACUGGGAAGUCUUUGAUCCAUACUAUUUCAUCAAGCAUGUUCCACCACUAACAGAAGAACAACUGAACAGGAAGCCAGCUCUUCCACUGAAAACAAGAAGCACACCAGAGUUCUCAUUAGUUCUAGACUUGGAUGAAACACUAGUGCACUGUAGUCUGAAUGAGUUAGAAGAUGCUGCACUCACCUUUCCAGUUCUUUUUCAAGAUGUCAUUUACCAGGUCUACGUCCGGUUAAGGCCGUUCUUCCGAGAAUUCCUGGAACGUAUGUCUCAGAUUUAUGAGAUCAUUCUUUUUACUGCUUCUAAGAAGGUGUAUGCAGACAAGUUAUUGAACAUUCUAGACCCUAAAAAGCAGCUGGUCAGGCAUCGACUUUUCCGUGAGCAUUGUGUUUGCGUGCAAGGAAACUACAUCAAGGACCUAAACAUCCUAGGAAGAGACCUGUCCAAAACCAUCAUCAUCGACAACUCACCGCAAGCCUUUGCUUACCAGCUUUCAAAUGGAAUUCCUAUAGAAAGCUGGUUCAUGGAUAAAAAUGACAAUGAACUCCUAAAAUUGAUUCCAUUUCUGGAGAAACUUGUAGAGCUGAACGAAGAUGUCCGGCCUCACAUCAGAGACAGAUUUCGCUUGCAUGACUUGCUACCCCCCGACUAAAGCCUUUUUGCCCCGUGACUGAAGGGGGAGAAAAAUGCAGGACCCUUUUUUUGGACUGACACAAAACAUUGCCAUUACUGUUGAAAUUUUGCAUUUUUGUACCCCGUCUUGCUUUUCUUAUCUUUGGUGCCCAACAAUAAUCAAGGGUUACAGAAAGAGACUCUCUCUCUGAGAUGGAAUCCAUUCAGUACAAUACAGUAGGUAGGCUAGAGCAGAAAAGUCUUUAGAACUAGUGCAACUCCAAGGAAGAGAAAAGAAAACAAAACACAGAACAACAACAAACCAACAAUUUAUUAUCCUUUUUUUAUGUUAAUGUCCAGGACAUCUGCAGUUUAUAAAGAAUUCUGUUCCUGCCACCACCAGCAGUUUGACCUGUUGAAACACAGGAUUUUCUGAUAUAACAGAGAUUGAAAAUGGACUCUUUGUUUUCUCUCUGUUCGGUGCUCUAAGUGGGUCUUGUAGCCACUGUUCUGUUACUUUUAAGAUUCUCAUUUCAACAGGAAUGGCCAGUAAAAGUUGUUUGGAUUUAUU